CGGGCUGCGUGACGUCACGGAAGGCUGGAGCAGGUCCUUGAUUGGAGUGGGAAAAAAAUGGGAAGAAGAUUGCGAGGUUCCCAUCACCUUCAUCACCACCUUCACCGUCUGAAUGAGGCACAAACAGCGUCAUCAGAGCUGCAUUUGACAUGAACGACCACAUCAGGGUCUUCCAGAUGCUUGAAUGUGUCCCUGCGGUUAAAGGAAUCACAUUAGGUCUUCAGGCUGAGGAACCAUGGCGGAUGAAGUAGAGAGACCCGUCGGCUGGUGCAGCUCUGCGCAGUCAUGUAACUGACCUGGCUCUCUUCCUCCUGCUGACCUCUGCCAGUCGCCCUGUUCUCACCAUGACAGGAUCUGCCAGCCGCUCGACCCCCAUGGCCUCAUACCGGCGCCGACGUUGUGCUGCGUGAGCGCCGCUUCUUCUCCCGCAGUCACUGCACGGAAUGGCCUCUCUGGACCUGCCAUACCGCUGUCCUCGCUGCGGGGAGCACAAGCGCUUCCGAAGCCUGUCGUCCUUACGAGCCCACCUGGAGUACAACCACACGUACGAGACUCUCUACGUCCUCUCCAAAUCCAACAGCGUGUGUGACGCCGCCGCCCUGCUGCCCCUCGUCGCCGAGGGAGCCCUCCUCGCACCCGCCAACAACAACGACCCUUUCGAGCCCCUUCGGCCCUCGGCUUUGAAGGAGCGGCACUUUCCUUGCCGCGAGCUUCCUUGCGCGGACGACUUGAGUUUGACCCCGGCGAACUCCAACUCUGCAGCCAGGUACAUCCCUAAUGUGGAGUUCCCCUUGGGGGAGAUUUUUGCCAAGAAAGCGAUGACAUCCGCAGACCCAGGUCCGCACGGAAACCCCAGCACGGCUGUCGCGGUGGCAGCUAACGUGGCAGCGAGCGCCGUGGAAGCGGCCUACGAGGAGGGCUUGGCCAGGCUGAAGGCGCGGGCGUUUGAGCGGCUGGAGCUGGAUGAGAGGCUGGAGAAGCUGUCAGAGGAGGUGGAGCAGAAAAUAGCGGCGCGUGUAGGCCGUCUUCAGGCGGAGCUGGAGAGGAAGAGCUCUGAACUGGAGCGGGCCAAGCAGGAGAGUGAGCGGCUGAGCCAGGAGAAACAAGAACUGGAGGACAAGGCCUCGGAGCUUUCCCGGCAGGUGGACGUCUCUGUGGAAAUGCUCGCUAACCUCAAGCAAGACCUGGUGAACAAGGAGACGGAACUGAACCACAAACAGCAGGAGGUUGCCCAGAUUGACCAGUUUCUCCAGGAGACAGCAGCACGUGAAGCCAACGCUAAGGUGCGAUUGCAGCAGUUUAUUGAGGAGCUUUUGGACCGAGCCGACCGUGCAGAAAAACAGCUGCAGAUCAUCAGCAGCUGUGGCACCACCCCGAAUGGCAGUCUGGGGCGCUGCAGCCUGCAGGCCUCCAAGGGCACAGGACGCCAGAGAAACUCCAGCAUCUCUGGGAGCACAAGAGGAAUGUACCAAGUCUCAGAGAGACGUUCAUCCCCCAGUACCGGAGCAUCCGGGAGGAUCAAAUCAGUCUCUCAGGGCUCUGGAGGUUAUGACAGCGACAGCGUGGAGAUGCAUCCCAUGGAGGACUGUCCCGAGGCGCAAUACUAUCACAUGCAGUGCCGGCUGGGAGAGGGGAAUUACGAGCGAUCCCCCGUAUGCGGAUCGAGAAACUGGGGUCUACGUAAACAGGCUAUCCAGAACUGGCAGCGGAGACCUUACAGGAACAGCACCGAGGGCGAGGAAGGCGACGUAUCCGACGUGGGAUCUCGAACUACAGAGUCAGAGGUGGAGAUGUGGGAACAGGAGAGGAGAGCUGUGGCUGAGGUGCAGCAGUCUGCUGCGCCGUAUUCUCACCACAGCAGGGCGGCGUACCGCCCUAACACAGGACGGUCUGAGGGCAUCUACAGCAAGCCAUGCCGCCAUGACAGGAGCCCUUCCAAAUCCAAUGAGGUCAUCAGUCCAGAGGUCCUGAAGAUCCGUGCCGCCCUAUUCUGCAUCUUCACCUACCUGGAUACCAAAACCCUGCUGAGAGCCGCCGAGGUCUGUCGCAACUGGAGGUUUGUGGCCCGUCACCCAGCAGUAUGGACCAGGGUGCUCCUGGAGAACGCCCGCGUUUCUUCCAAGUUACUGACCACAUUGUCCCUGUGGUGCACUCAGACACACUCCCUCAUCCUGCAGAACCUCAAACCAAGGCAGCGAGGCAAAAAGGAAAGCAAGGAGGAGUACCUUAAAAGCACACGUGGCUGUCUUGAGGAGGGUUUGGAGGCGUUGUUAAAGGCCACAGGAAGUAAAUUAUUGAUCCUGAAGAUUUCCCACUGCCCCAACCUGCUGACUGAUCGCUCGCUUUGGCUCGCCAGCUGCUUCUGCCGAGGCCUGCAGGCCGUAACCUACAGGAGUGCCACAGACCCAGUUGGCCAGGAGGUGAUCUGGGCUCUUGGAGCAGGUUGCAGGGACAUUAUUUCUCUACAGGUGGCGCCCCUACACCCAUGCCAACAACCCGCUCGCUUCAGUAAUCGAUGCCUGCAGACUAUUGGGAGAUGCUGGCCGCAUCUCCGUGCUCUUGGAGUUGGUGGCGCUGGAUGUGGGAUUCAGGGACUGGCGUCACUGGCACGGAACUGCAUGCGCCUGCAGGUGCUGGAGUUGGACCACGUGAGUGAAAUCAACCAGGAGGUGGCAGCAGAGGUUUGCAGAGAGGGCUUGAAGGGUCUAGAGAUGCUGGUGCUCACGUCCACUCCAGUCACUCCCAAAGCGCUCCUCCACUUCAACAGCGUUUGCCGCAACCUGAAGUCCAUUGUGGUUCAGAUCGGCAUAGAAGACUACUUUGAGGACCCCAAUAGCCCAGAAGCUAGAAAACUGUUCGACGAGAUGGUUAACAAGCUGCAGGCUCUGAAGAAGAGACCUGGCUUCUCCAAAAUCCUCCACGUGAAAGCAGACAGCCUCUGCUAACGUCUUUAGUGCACGGGUCUUUCUUCUGGUCUCUACGUGGCACAAUCUCGGCUCCAGUUACUCAGACGGACCCGGCCGGUUAGAGCCCAUUUCCUGGAGCUGAAUGCAUGUUGAGCACCGACACAAACAAAGACGACAUCAGCUUGAUGAACAUGGUCCGAGGCUUGAACCUGCAAAAUCCGUAAAGGUACAAAUCUGAAAUAGAAAAUUUGAUGAAUAUCUCCUUUAACGUCGGCGAGACCAUUUCAGCGGCACUGUGUAUCAGAUGAAGAGUCGGUUUAAACCUCACAGACCAAACAGCUCUCUGAUCCUCCCGCGCUUGUCAUUAGCUUUCACCAUAAAAGUGGAUUGUGUCUUUGCACAGAGCCAAAUCCUUUUCUUGAGACACUCUGAGCUGCAUUUUUACUGCCUGGAUCUACGUAAAGACUGAAGAGUACCUUUAACACCAACAGGUAGAUUGCAUUUACAUGCACUUCACUACAGAUGUACAUAAAACAGCAGGUUUUUUUUGUUUAUUUUUGAGGAGUCUUAACUUGUCUUCAAGGGUUACCAGGAGCUUUACGUUUGUAUCCAUUUGGUCCUGCACUGCUGUUCGCUGAAAGUGGACAACUUUGCAAACACUUACUGCUUCCACCCAGGACUCUCAUGUGCUGCAGCCGUUUCCGGGGGAACGGCGGAGACACUGAAUCCAUCCCCCCUGCUUCCUCACGCGAGAACAAAAACCACGCCACUAAUCUGGAUUCAGCAUUUUUUGCUCAUCGUCGUAAUUUUCCGGGUGCCGUUUUGUGUCGGAGGUACAGAAUGCAGUAUCUGAUGUUACCGGUGCCAUUUGUAACCGUGUCUGUCCUUAUUCCGGUCAGCGUUUUCUCCCAUGUGCCAUCAACGACGGGGAAGAGGGACCAUGCUGGACGGAUGUUUGACGUGUCAAUACGAGCCUCUGAGUUUGAUUUGAGCGGAAGAAGCUCCAGUUUGAUCAUAAGGUCUCGUGUUUCAUAUAGAAGACGGUCUGCAGGUGUACAGGUGCUGUUGUCUUUGUGCAUCGUUUUCGAUUUUCAUACUGAACAGUGCCAUUUCUAUCCACAGGGCUGUUGGCGGUCAAAGCCCUGCGUUACUAUUCAUCAGCUGUCAUCCUCUGCCUCCAUCUGCUGGUGUUUUCAUGCAGUACCACAGCUGUCACCCAGCUGCUGUGAUGCAGCACAUGUACCCUUUGCAGGAUGGAUCAUGUUUCCCUUGAGUGUGCAGAACUCAAAACCAGGAAAUUAGGUGUUCAGAUAUAGUCCUCAAACUAUCAAUUUGAUUUGGUUACAGUGAAGCUUAGACAACUUUAACAAACUAUGAUUAGCAAUACCCAUAUUUGUGACAAAAGAGAGCCGUGACCUCUUUCCCCUGCUCUGGUUGGAGCUUUUUUUUCUCUCUGAGAUGAUCUUAAUCUGGUGGGUGUCUCAGUUUCGAUCAUAUUUGUGGCUAUAAACGGUGGGUGUUCAGCAUGUGUGUGUUUACAAGGCAUGUAGGUUUUUACAAAAAACCACAAUGUGGAGGUGCAGGAUCCAGUUGACCCACACUAUGGACCAAAAAAAUCCAUUUGUAUGGACGUGCAAUAUCUCUUGAGCACAUCGAAACCACUUUGGUUGACUGAAUUUGUGCACAUGUGUUUUGUAAAAGGUUAAAAAUGAAUCGUACUACAGGAAGAACAACGGAGUUCUUCCCUCUCCUUUACUGCAGGUUAUUCACCGUGCAGACCUCAUUUGUGACACUGUCUCCACAAGCCAGAUCAAUCAGAAUGUCUCUUAGGAUUAAAAAGAAAAACUAAUCGGAAAUAAUUAACUACAGCUAAGAAGAGAUGUGUUGUAGAAAUGCUGUGAGAACAGCUGUGGGUAUCUGCUCCUUUAUGUUCUUCCAGUUCUGCAUACAUACAGUAUUUAUUAUCCACUACUGCGAUUGAUUGUUGGCUCAGUUUAACUGAAGGAAGCGAAUUUACUGGAAAAGAGCGCAACUCUGCCGACACAAUAGAGGAAACGCAAAGCACUUGUUGGGUUUAAGUUUCAGACAAUCCUGCCUUCAUUAUCAACUACUCUUUACGCAAUGUUUGUAGAGGAAAAAAAAAGAAAAAACUUGGAAAAAAAUUGACCAACAUGUGAUGUUGCAUAAUAUAUUAUGGUCAUACUUCUGAGUGAAAAAGUUAAAGUUUACAGGUCUUCAUUCUGUAAGAUUUUUUUUUUCUCCAAAGCUGAAUGAAAGAUAAACAUAGAGAACUAUAUUAUGUAUAACAGUAGUGUUGAAAUUGCAGUUGUGUAUUAGAUACUUUAUAUUAAAUGUGCAUCAGAGUCAUAUAGAGAUGGAAAUUAUUUAAGAAGAGGAUAAAGAUGUUAAUUCAGCUAUUUAUUUCUAUAAAAAGAGUGCUGUGUAUAAUGUUGGCAUGUUUGUGUUCAUGCAUCAAUCAUUAAGUUGCCUUCUUAACUGUUUUGCUACUGUGGCAAGAAAAUUAUUAGAUGUUUAAAGAGCUUUGAUUGCCUGCAGGUUAAUAAUAAUGUUCUCCUUUUUUAAAAAAAAAAUCCUGUCUGUUGUUGCACUAUAGAGGAAAAAAGAUAUUUCAGAUGUUUAUUAUAAGAGUGUUGCUUUUUAAUGUUUCUCAGUAUUUAAAGAAAAAUCAACAACAAAAAAAGCGAAAAGAUUAAGCACUUUUUUUCUUGAACACUUUUCUCGGGCCAUUGGUCAUCGGUUUGGUUGGAAGGUUCUGUCCACAGGACGCCUCGCCACAUCUGCUGAUGUGAAGAUCACACACUGGAUUCCACAGAAAGAACAUAAAAUCACUAUGUGGUAAUACCCCUUCUGACCACAUGGGGGCAGCAUAUUACAAAAAAGUUCACUUGUCAGCAUCUGGUGUAACGAAGUGCGCCUCUAGCGGGUUAAAGUAGUGUUACUGGACUGUCGCCACUCAUUAACACAGUAUUAUGCCCCCAUGUGGUCACAUAUAGUAUUGCAACAUAAAAUUACUUCCAACAUGCUUAGAAUAACUUAGCUUCUUUAACAGAGAACAGGCAUUUUGUCUUACUUCUCUCACACCAUCUCAAAUACACUAUCUCAUUAGUUGGGAGGUUAAGAAUGCUGUCUGAUUCAGCUACAUUAAAGUGCUUUUUAGGUUGCCAAUAUGACCUUAUGCCCAUCCUCGUGUUUAUGUAUGCGCAUCACACUGUACAUUUCAUGCUCAUACCUGUUUUGUUGUGACUGAACUGCUGCGAAGGCCUGUAGGCUCUCAACCUGCGGAUCCGAGAUACCAACUACACUGGAAUGACUUUUCGGCGUCCGUCUUCACGUCUGCCUGAUUCUUUUCAAGUCCAAAGCAUCUAAAUUUAAACUAUUAGCAUUAACACAAUUAUUAUUUUAUAGUUGUGUUUUUAAUCAAAUGUCCUCUGUUGCAGUUACAUGAGUUCGUCACACUUUGCAAUAGAGAAACCAUGUGGGUGCUCAUGUACUUUUCUGUACAUAUUUUUUCGUAUGAACGAUUGUACUCUGCCCAUUCAUCUCAACAGUGUUUUACACAUUACCUCAAUGCUUAACAGGGCAAUUAAGUGUGUCAUUUUCUUUCCUUUUUCGACUGCCAUCAUCUGCUGUGCCGGUUGGUUCAUGAACUCUACUCAUUUUGCUCUUGUAACAAAAAUUCUGUUGUUGGAAAAAGACCCCCCUCCCCCUCCACUCCCUAAAAAAACAAUA